AUGGAUCUCGCCGCGCCUGACGCUGCGCAGCGUGUGUGGCGCGAGGUGCUGGGCCCCGACGCCGGCUCACGAGAACAGUAUGAAACACGGAUCCAUGGAAAAAAACUGCCGCUCGCGAAUAUCGAUCGCCCCGCGCCACCUCCCGCCACACCGAUGCUGCGGCACCAAUAUGCCAAGGCGAUGCGCCGUGCCACACGUACGCCUGCCAAGGCGAAACGGGCGCGACGCCGGCCCGUCAGCACCCCAUCGUUACCGCAGAUCGAGCCCCUUGUCUCAUUGUGGACGAGCUAUAUCCGCGAUGCUCUGGGCCUGCAUGGACUCACACGCACGUCGGCGAAUCUGCGUCUCCAGUCCACCUCAUACGUCACGUCGCUCCAAACCUCGCUGCUAAAAAUGGACUGGACGGGCGCACACGCCACAGUCAUACGCUCAUCACAACCGACGCACGUGCACAUCAGUGGCGUCAUUGUCCAGGAAACCCACGAAACGCUCCGUAUCGUGACGGAUGGCUCUAUCAAAUGUAAGUACGCGCUACUGACCCAUCAGGCAUCCCCAAACACAACACCGUGUUUCGCCUAG